UUGUAUUCAAGAGUUACAACAAAAAUGUCCACCACUUUCGGUGUCGUCGAUUACAUGAUAUUCAUAGCAAUGCUAAUGAUGUCGACGGCAAUCGGCUUGUAUUGGUCGUGGAAAGACCGCAACAAUACCGACGCCAAUGAAUUUCUCAGAGGUGGUAACCACAUGUCUGUACUGCCGGUGUGUAUGUCAAUAAUGGCCAGUUUUAUGUACAGCACUAGUAUUAUCGGUAUUCCCGCUUACGUAUACUUUACGGGCACUCAAAUCUGGGUGACGGUCGUACCGGCUGUGUUGGCCGCCACUAUCGCCUGCGAGAUAUUCAUUCCCGUCUAUUAUCGCAUGAAAUUGGUUUCAGUCAAUCAGUACAUUCACCUCAGAUUUAAUUCACAUAAACUCAGAGUUGUGGCCAAUAUAUCCAUACUUGUGUCUUAUGGAGCGUCUGAGUCGGGAGGCAUAGCCCAGGCCUUUGACAGGGCUUAUAUUGGCGGUAGAAUUGAGUUCUGGAACACAAGUCAACUACAAGUGCAACGAUCGGUAUCGAUGCCAACUUUGAGGGCCGCCAAACGGGCCCUAUAUUGCGCUGUUCCGGGCUGUAUAACAAUCCUUUCGCUAAUAGUCCUAACGGGUGUACUCAUGUACGCCCGGUAUUACGACUGCGACCCUAUGCGCACCGGUCGAGUCCACCGACCCGACCAACUCGUGCCCUACUUUGUGACCGACAUUUUUGGCGACCGUUACCCCGGUAUGACCGGUGUGUUUGUCGCGGCCGUAUUCAGUAGCUCACUGUCCACACUGUCGUCGGGUCUGAACGCGGUGAGUUCACUCAUUUAUGAUGAUUAUGGUAAACGUUGGGUGCCUCAGAAGCAAGCUAUAUGGUUUACAAAACUACUGGCUGUGGCAAUCGGCCUACUGACCAUCAUGAUGGCAUUUGUGAUGAGCGAGAUGAAUAGCAUACUUGAGUGCACGUUCAAACUGUACGGAGCGACCAAUGGCCCGAUGUUCGCCCUGUUUUGUAUGGGCCUAUUCUGCCCAUGGGCAAACUCGUGGGGUGUCGGCUUUGGCUUUAUCACUGGUCAACUGUUUGGCAUUUGGCUUACUAUUGGGUCGGUUGUGGACAAACAGACCGAUGUUCUCUAUAUGGCUUUGCCCACCAGCACUGAUGGCUGCGCCACUCAAAACAUUACGGUCAUUAUGCCCGGCGCUAAUCUCUCGACGCUCACACAUUAUAAGAUUCCCCAAUAUUAUCCGACAGGUUAUCAAUUGGUUCACCACAUGAGCCCCCUAUAUGUGCCGACUAUUACCUUCUUAAUAACUCUAAUAUUGGGUAACGUGGUCAGUCUACUAACACUGGGCAACAAAGACCAAACUAUAGACCCAAAUCUCGUUCAUUUGAAUGUGUGUCGAAUGUUGGAAAAAAUUCUGCCUCAAAGUUGGCAACAAUUCCAGACCAAAGCGGACGAAAUGGUGAAAAUGACCGGUCAGUCAACUGAUGGCGGCUCCGACCGCCUCCCAGAGGCAGAAACACCUUUAAGCCAGUUGUCUGACCAGCAGAGCGUUUGA